AUGAAAUAUGCCAUUAUUUCUCAAAACAUUGAUUUCGUUCUUUAUUUGAUGAACACAUUCAAUAUCCAAAUACUCCCAGAUGAAUGCAGUCAAUUUUUAUUUUUGCAAGGAUUUCUUAUCUAUUUGGAUCAGACAAAGGAUUUUAAAUGUGCGUUCGAUAAUAUUUUCUUAAUUAACUUCCCACCUUUAUAUGAUUAUCUCAUUUCGUGUGGCGUGAAUGUUAAUAGACAUGGGGCAUUUUUCUCACACUUAUUGAAAAAUAAUUAUUCCGAAACUGCGAAAUUAUUCAUUACUAAAGGAGCAAAUGUCAAUGGUUUGGAUUAUAUACCUGGAAUUCCUCUUUAUGCUGCUGUUACAAAUAAUAAUAUUGAAAUGACUAAAUUAUUAAUUUCUUAUGGUGCAGAACUCAAUAGAUAUGACCCUUCUUAUUCUGAAACAAUGCUUUCUUAUGCAGUAAAACAUAAUUUCGAAAAGAUAACCGAAAUUCUUCUGUUGAAUGGUGCAAAUAAUAGAAGUAGGGAUAGAUGCAGUAAAACUACUCUUUGCUAUGCAAUUGAAAACAAAAAUGUUCAUAUAUCAGAACUCUUAAUUUUGCAUGGCUCGGAUGUCAAUUUCAAAUACAACAAGAAAUUUUUAAUACAUUAUGCAAUAGAAACUGGUAUUCAUGAACUUGUUAAACUAUUAGUUUUACAUGGAGCAGAUGUCAAUGCAAAAGAUAGCCAAAAUAAUACUCCACUUCAUUAUGCAGCAAAACAGGAUAAUAAGGAUAUGAUACACAUACUUAUUUCUAACGGUGCAAACCCCAAUAUCAAAGAUAAAAAUGGAAAUUAUCCCAUUUAUUUAGCAACAAAAUCGAAUGAUUUUGACAUAGUUGAAUUAUUUUUUUCAAGUAACAUCAAAUAUACAGUUGAUGUCGAUGCGAAAAACAAUGAUGAUAAGACUGCUCUUCAUGUUGCAGUUUUAAAUAAUUCUUUGAGGAUUGUUAAACUUCUUAUUUCGCACGGAGCAAAUAUUAAUGCAGUAGAUAAGGGAAAUAUUACGCCAUUUCAAUAUGCAAUAAGAAAUUAUCAUAGAGAAAUUAUCAAAAUUUUCAUUUCAAAAGAAGGAGAUGUAAAUACAAAAGUAGAAAAUGGAUUAUCAAUUCUACAUUUUGCUGCGAUUUUUGGCGAUAAAGAAAUGAUCGAAAUUCUCAUUUCGAACGGAAUCGAUAUCAAUUCUAGAAUCCAAGCAACUAGUCAAUCAGCACUUCAUAUCUCUUUAAUGUUAAAUUAUAUAAAUUUCAUUGAAUUUCCGACUUUUGAUAGUCAUGAAAUUUUUGAGUUUCUCAUUGAGAAUGGAGCUGAUAUCAACGCAAAAGAUAUCAAUGGCAAAUCAAUUCUUCAUUAUGCCGUUAAGUAUAAUAAUAUUAAAGCUAUCGAAUAUCUAUUUUCACAUAAUGUUAAUGUGAAUGCUGCUAAUAACAAAGGACAAACGGCUCUUCAUUAUGCAAUAAUCAAACAUCACCAAUUUUCUCGUUUCACAUGGUUCAGAUGUCAAUGUCCAAGAUAA